CAUAUAUUGAUCUUGUACAAGCUAAACCAUGUAUGUGACCAGGCUCCUCUCUCACUGUAAAAAGAAUCCUGAUUCUCUUUCGAUACCACCAGAAGGUCCCAAUUCCGGGUACUUAGUAAUCCAAGAUGAAGAGGCUGAGACAUCCUGUUGGUUUGGAUCAUCCAAGAACAGCUACCUUAAAAGCCUGCCUUUCCCUUAUAACAAUAUGUUAACUGAUUACUCGUAUACUCAUGACAGUGUUGUAAAGCUACACGAUGUUGUUCUAAUACCUGUUAUAAGUCAGCCACUAUCUUGUAGCAGGUACUAUGCAAUUCUGGCAGGUGGAUGCUCAGGAAGACGUAAAGGGGAAGGAUUUACGUGUUUGAAGGAUGAACAAGUUAUGUGUCUCCACUGCAAAACCAGGAAACCCGGUAGUAUAAUUGGAGAUUUGACAACAAAACCAGUAGACCCACGAGACAUCUAUCAACAAUUUAAGAUAGUUCUUACUGAAACUCAAGAGGGUGCCAAGAGUUACUUUUAUGCCAAAUCAGUUGCACAUGAUGGGCGUCCUCCAGCUUUUUUGAGUACGGAGUGUUGGAAGAUUCGUACGGUAAGGUCUAGAAAGUACAAGUUAGCUGAGGCUUUGGGUCUCAACUCAGCCCUCCGUGAAUGCAACAUGGACAUAAACAUUCAAAUAUCUGAUAAGAGUUCCGAGGCUGUCAGGGUAGGGAAGUGGUACUGCCCAUUCAUGUUCAUCAAGGACCGGACACUGGUUUUUCAGAUAAAAAAGUCAAUGUAUUAUGAGAUGACCCUUGAGCAACGAUGGGAGCAGAUAUAUGAAUGCAAAAAUAAUCACAUUAACAGCAAUGCUAUCAGGAUCAAUGCACCUGUUCAGACAGAAGUUGUUUUAGUUGAGGGCGGGGUAGCUGUUUGGGAUGAGAAGAAUGUCGUUGACAAGGCUAUAUGGUUUAAGGGCAUUCAGACAAAAGGAAGAGAAGUCAGUGUUGGAUUGAGUUUAGAGAUUGUUGAAAGGAUGCAAUGGGAGCAAGAGAGAGUUGGAUAUGUUGGUGGAGGAAAACGAUUAGUGACGUUUACUAGAGUGGAGAAGUUUGGAGGAGGUGCUGGAGGAUGGAGGAAGUUUGGGUGCUAUGUAUUGGUGGAGAGAUUCGUGUUGAAAAGAAUGGACGGAAGCUUGGUCAUGACCUAUGAUUUUAAGCACACUCAUCAAGUAAGGUGCAUAUGGGAAUGAGAUUGUAUUUCUUGCUGCAAAGAAUCAGAUAUUGUGUGUGCUUCAUAGAAGGCCUUUGUUUGUGCUUUUCUUACAUAUUUCUCACGAGUUCCCCUUGUAAUUACUCUACUCAUUUUCUGUGUAAGGACUUUGGUUUCUUUCA